UAAGUUUUCACUAUCCUAACCUCAAUCAUUGAAAAUUCUCCGUUUCAAUAAGAAAUAAUGUUUCUCCGCAUUCACUAAAUAUUGACAUCAACAAAGUCCCAAAUGAAUUGUGAGUUUACAGACUAAAUCAGUCGAUUAAUAGUCAGUGACAAUGGUUCUCACCGUUCAAUUAUUGCGAAGAAUACCGGGCAGUAUUGUUAGACGCUUCGCCACCGUGACGGAGACAAAACGAGCAAAUGAGGAGCCCAUUCAAACCUUUCGAACAAACGAGUGUGAUCCAUCGAAUCAUGGGAGGGAGCACCUCAACAGAUUUUACCCAAUGCCACCAUCAGUUAUUGAAACAAUAUUUCCAUACGGAGGAUUCCCCAAGUCAUUUAAAAGUCAGACUCUGAGCUUUCUGGAGGCAUGUCUGCUGGUGAGGGAACCAGCUCUAGAAGUCAUCUCUUGUCUGAAACUGACAGACUACUCGAGACCUGUCAACAGAUACGUUUUAUAUGGAGAAAAUGGAGCUGGCAAAUCACUGUCGUUAGCACAUAUACUGCAUUAUGGAUUGUCUUCAAAGAAAAUUCUUGUUCACGUUCCGUGGGUGAGAGAUUGGUAUAAAAAACCAAAGGAAGUGGCAGCAUCCGCCACCAAAGAGGGUUUCCACGAUCUACCUGUUGACGCAGCAGCCUGGUUGAUUCGCUUUAAGCACCAGAAUCUCGCUCUUUUACAGGAGCUCGAUUUGAGGUUGGCCAAAACCUACAAGUGGAGUGUCCGUGAGAUCACCCCUAGUGGAAGUCCCAUCUUGGAGCUCAUAGAACUCGGACUGGCUCGCAUAAAAUAUGCCUGUGACAUAAUCGAAGUUCUUCUCGGGGAAUUAAAAAGUUCAUCCAUCGCUGGAAAAUGCCAAGUUCUCGUUGUGAUUGAUGGAUUCAAUGCAUUCCUGGGACGAGACACAGAGAUUAGGGUAGAGAAUCGAAAAUUAGUGUAUCCAGACAAAGUAACUCUGACCAAACCCUUUUUGGAUAUUACCAAGAGCGAUUGGAACAAUGGAGCUGUGGUUGUGACUGUCGAUCCACUCGCUGUCCAGAAUGAAGGGCAGGAAUCUAUUUACCCCCGUUAUCUCCUGGGAAAAGAGGGUUUCGAGCUCCUAGAUCCAUUUUUACCAGUUCACGUACAGAAUUACACAGUUGAUGAAUUUGAAGCCGUGAUGGAGUACUACAAAAAUCGCAAAUGGGUGAGGGAGAUCACUGUUGCUGGCCAACGAGAGUUGGAAUUGUUGUCCAAUAGAAAUCCAUUUAAACUGAUGCGAUUAACUGCUGCUUUGUAAUACUUAAUGUUGGAAGAACAAUAAUAAUUUGAUUUGAAUCAUUGCAUCAAA